UAUAUUAUACUUUUAAUAGAUAUAUUAUUUCUGGUGUGAUAGACAGUAUACAACUAUUGAUUUAAAUAUUUUUUAGUCAAAAUAAUUUCAUUGUCAAUUAUCUAAUGGCAGAAAAUCAAAGAUUUAUACCAGGUCCUCCACAAUUGCCUCCUUUAUAUAAAGGACAGAAAAUAAAAACGGGUCCAUAUAUUAUUACAGUCACUGAUGAAAUGGUUGCGCAAAGAGAAAGAGAAAAUGAACAAUUAUAUAGAGCUUGGCGCGAGCAACAACGAAGAAGAGACAUAGAAGAUGAUGAGUAUAUGGGCGAUUUUAAAGAAGACACAGUGAGAAGAACUUUUAUUAGAAAAGUUUUCUGUAUAUUAACACUUCAAUUGUUAUUUACAUCUGGUGUCAUAGCAAUUUUUCUAUUCGUGGACUCUGCAAGAAAAUUUAUGAUAAUUCAUUGGUAUUUGUGGAUUGUAGCUAUGAUAUGCUUCGCUAUUUCUUUUUGUGCCAUAUCGUUUUUUGAGGGAGCUAGGCGAUCUCCACCUUUCAAUUAUUUGUGGCUAUGUGUAUUGACAAUUGCUAUGUCAUAUCUAGCUGCUUUUGUAUCUGCCUUUUAUGAAAUUGAAAUAAUUUUGAUGGCAUUAGGUAUGACAACAUUAAUUACAUUAGGAAUAAGUCUCAUUGCAACAUUUACUAAGUUUGAUUUAACCAUGAGAACAGGAAUAUUGUUCAUUAUUGGAUUGGCUGCUAUUGUAUCAAUUUUUGUGUUGAUAAUAACCUUGAUGUUUACAUACAUUAGAUUAUUACAUAUCCUGAUUUCAAUUAUAGGAAUGGCCUUAUUAUCAACAUACUUGUUCUUUGAUAUACAAACAAUUAUGGGUGGAAGAAGAAUAGAAUUAAAUCCAGAUGAAGUUAUAUUUGCAACAGCACAAAUUUAUGUUGACAUUGUAUUGUUAUAUCAAUAUAUCUUAAUGUUUAUGGCAAGAGCAGUAUUGCACUACGUAUCUGAAGGAAAAGUCUUAGAUAUGCAAAUGAUUAAUGUACCUCAUAGAUAUACAGGAAGAGGUUUAGCACGAUUGCUUACAGAGACAGCAUUUACAUAUGUUAUUCUGAAUAAUUACUAUAUGUACUUGACAUGUGAAUACAUGCAGAAGUAUUAUCUUGCAAUUAAAAAUCCAGAUCUUGAAGAAUAUGUUGUUGGACCACCACAUAUUUUAGAAGGACCUGAUUCAAAAUCCUUAGAUCCUAAUAUUAUAUAUGAACUACCUGAUCCAGAAGAUUUUUUGAUAUAUUCUUCUUAAUAAAUAAUUUUUAUAUUAUUAGUUAUUGAAAUCUGAGUAAUUAUUGAGUUAAAUUAUUUAUGAUUUAAAAUUUAUUACUGCUUCAUAUUGUUAAUAAAAUGGAGGAGAUAGAAUAUAUUACUAUAAUUGAAUGGUUCUGUUAUCAAUUUUAUUACAAUGGCAUGUUACUUUAUUGCAAAGAAGCAUGCGAAAUAUAUCCAACAAAUGAAUAUUUAAGAAUUUUUCUAAGUCUUGCAUAUAUGUUAACUGGGAAGAUUCAAGAAGCAAUUAAAGAAAGUUCGAAUUUAAUGAAUGAUGCAGAUAAUACAUUGGCAGCAUUGCUUCUUCAGAGUAUUGCU